CUGAUCGAAAUCUCGACCACCGGUUCCUCAGAGGUCUCAAGUUCAAAUCUUUUGCUCUCCGGGUCCUUCCUCUACCUCGGACCAAUCGAGAAUCGACCUUAUCUUCAAAUUCACGGCGAAAGAAUAGAAAAUAAUUCAUUUUUACAGUUCUUUAAAUCGUUUACACGACAAAGCAUCAGUCUUUACUAAAAUCAGGCGAAGCCAAGCCAGCCAGAGAUGCUUAGCUUGCAGUGUCGUCCUCCUUUCUUCAUCUCCGUCCCAAAUCGGAGCACCAACUCUCGCUCAACGGCUCCAAUUCGUGCGACCAGUGGCUUCACUGCUUCUCCGUCGUCCCCAAUCUCUCGCCGUCUUAUCCUUCUCCGACACGCUCACAGUUCCUGGGAUGAUCUUUCCCUCAGAGACCAUGAUCGUCCUCUAAGUAAAACAGGACAAGCCGAUGCUGCCAAAGUAGCUCAAAUCCUCUCCUCACUUGGUUGGCUUCCCCAACUCAUUCUCUCAAGUGACGCCACUCGAACUAGAGAGACACUGAAGUCAAUGCAAGCGCAAGUAGAUGAGUUUAUGGAGGCAAAUGUACAUUUCAUUCCUAGCUUUUACUCCAUUGCUGCUAUGGAUGGCCAAACCGCCGAGCAUCUUCAAAACAUUAUCUCUAAAUAUUCAACCCCUGACAUCUCCACUAUCAUGUGUAUGGGGCAUAAUAAAGGUUGGGAAGAAGCAGCUUCCAUGCUCUCUGGAGCUUCUGUUAAGUUGAAAACAUGCAAUGCUGCUUUGCUUCAGGCUUUUGGCAACUCCUGGGAAGAAGCUUUUGCGCUCUCUGGCCCUGGCGGAUGGAAACUUGAGGGUCUAGUGGCUCCAGACAGUAGCAUCUGUGUGUAAGAAACUGGAACUAUCCCUAGCUUCAAGUUUACCUUCAAGUUUAUAUAAAAUGUUGUAAAGUUUCAUCCAUAUGUGCAUUUCUCAUGUGCUAGUGUAGUUAAGCUUAGUUUUUAGCUGAUGAUGAUGAACACAGCAAGAGCAGAUUGCAUCUCUUGAUUGGGAUGUUUGCCUUAUGUAAGAUCCGAGCAUCAAGGAUAUGUUCAAAUGCAGUUACAUUAUUUAUAUAAAUGGGAGUUUGCAUGUUUACCUAA